AAAAGAAAAAGAAAAGAAAAGAAAGGAAUUUUGCAGGGGGAGGAAGGAGAGAAUGAUGAGGUGGUGAAAAUUGUGAGAGAGAAAGCUUUUGGAUCCAUAAAGUUGUUUCUUUCUUUUUUUUUUUUUCUCUCAUGGUUUCUCGCUAACCAAACAAUGCGCUUUUAGCUGCUUUAUAACUUUCUCACUCGUUUCUCACGCUUUUGUGCCUCCUCAAAACGCCCACCUCCCGCUCUCUGAUUCUCUCCAGAAAGUGAUAGAAAGUGAAAGUAAACUUUCUUGAGAUAGAGCGAGAGGAAGAGAGUUUUACUUAGCUUUUAGCGCGUUUUUCUCUCGCUAGAAUCGUAGGCCAAUGGGAGCUCGCUGCUCCAAAUUGUCAUUCUGCUGGUGGCCCUCUGAUCUCAAAUCAAACAUCAAUGACGCAUCUGAUCUCGAGAAUGGAGCUGAGUCAACUCCUGGGUUUGUUGAGUUCAGCCUGGACCAACUUCGAGCCGCCACCUCAGGUUUCUCUUCCGACAACAUCGUGUCGGAGCACGGAGAAAAGGCUCCCAACGUUGUUUACAGAGGCAGGCUCGAUGACUAUCGAUUAGUCGCCAUUAAACGCUUCAACAGAUUCGCUUGGCCCGACUCUCGUCAAUUCCUCGAAGAAGCCAGAGCUGUGGGCCAGUUAAGGAGCGAGAGGUUGGCGAAUCUGAUAGGAUGUUGCUGUGAAGAAGAUGAGCGACUGCUUGUGGCUGAAUUCAUGCCAAACGAGACUCUAUCUAAGCAUCUUUUUCACUGGGAGACUCAGCCCAUGAAAUGGGCAAUGAGGCUGAGGGUGGCGUUGUAUUUAGCACAAGCUCUGGAUUAUUGCAGCAGUAAAGGAAGAGCAUUGUAUCAUGAUCUUAAUGCAUACAGAGUGUUGUUUGAUGAGGAUUGUAAUCCAAGGCUCUCUUGCUUUGGCCUCAUGAAGAAUAGUAGAGAUGGCAAGAGUUAUAGCACAAACUUGGCUUUCACACCACCAGAGUACUUACGAACAGGAAGAGUGAUACCGGAGAGCGUGCUUUACAGCUUUGGCACCUUAUUGCUUGAUCUUCUCAGUGGAAAACAUAUACCACCUAGUCAUGCACUUGAUCUGAUUCGUGGGAAGAAUUAUCUGAUGCUGAUUGACUCAUGUUUGGAAGGUCAUUUUUCAAAUAAUGAUGGAACUGAGUUAGUUCGAUUAGCUUCUCGCUGUUUGCAAUACGAGCCUCGUGAAAGGCCCAAUGCGAAAUCCCUUGUUACUGCUCUGACUACUCUUCAGAAAGAAACCGAGGUCCCGUCAAAUAUACUUCUGAUGGGAAGUCCGCCUCCAAAUGAAACAGUAUCGUUAACACCUUUAGGUGAAGCAUGCUCUAAAAUGGAUCUUACUGCAAUACAUGAAUUGUUGGAGAGACUUGGUUACAAGGAUGAUGAAGGAAUUGCAAAUGAGCUUUCUUUCCAAAUGUGGACAGAUCAAAUCCAGGAGACUCUGAAUUCUAAGAAGCGUGGAGAUGCUGCUUUUCGAGCCAAAGACUUUGCCACUGCUAUUGAAUGUUAUACACAUUUCAUUGAUGGUGGGACCAUGAUAUCUCCGACAGUGUUUGCUAGACGCUGCUUGUGUUACUUAAUGAGUAACAAGCCACAGGAAGCUCUUGGAGAUGCAAUGCAAGCUCAAGUGGUUUCUCCGGAGUGGUCUACUGCGUUUUAUCUUCAAGCGGCUGCACUCUUCAGCCUCGGAAUGGAAUACGAUGCAAAGGAAACUCUAAAAGACGGCACAUCUUUGGAUGCUAAAAAAUACAAAAACUGAAACAGAUGAUGUAUAGGGUUUCUUUUUUAUAACUUUUUUAUGGUGUUUUAAUUACUACAUUCUAAUAUUUUCUUGUAUUUACUCCCCACAUAAUUUCCUUAUUUGGGAACUUGAGGUUCAUGCAGCACCACAGGGUUAAUUGUAAAAACUGCAGUGGUUGAAGUUGGUGUAUGUUUUCCCAUGACUCUUCAGUGGAAAUACGAAGCCUUCACAAGUAUCUCGUCUACUGGUGGUGUUGGUCGUGCGUCACUCCACUUUUGAGUAUGUUGCCUGUUGGCAUCGAUUAUGCGCGUCCCUCCCACUGAACUUCAAUGGAAUACCAUUUUUAUAGACUAUC